UAUCGUGUGUUUGGGGCUUGUUGGUGUGUCUAUCAUUCGAUGUCGUUGUAUAUGGAGUAUGUGUGUAGUCUGCACUCUUUACCCUAGCUCGUUAACGCUGCUAACACGACAGCCAGAGGCGGCCUGAUUCUGAGUUUCUUCUGCUGCGCGUGGUCAGGUAGCAACGAUUGUUCUUUUGCAGUUGUUGAAAACAAUUUUCUUUUGCUCUGCCGCGAUUUGCUUCAAUACGUCACCAUGUCGUCGAUUGGAACGCUCUCGUUCGACGAGUUCGGACGUCCGUUCAUCAUUAUCAAGGACCAGGACAAGAAAAAGCGGCUGCAAGGCAUCGAAGCGCUUAAGUCGCAUAUAUUAGCCGCAAAGGCUGUGGCUAACUCGAUCCGAACGUCCUUAGGCCCCAAAGGACUUGACAAGCUCAUGGUUUCAGCUGAUGGUGAUGUGACCAUUACAAAUGAUGGAGCUACAAUUCUCAAGAAAAUGGACGUCGAGCACCAGGUAGCCCGUCUUUUAGUGCAAUUGUCUCAAUCUCAAGAUGACGAAAUCGGCGACGGCACUACAGGUGUUGUCGUGCUUGCGGGAGCUUUGCUCGAGCAGGCCGAGCAGCUAUUGGACAGGGGCAUUCACCCGAUUCGUAUCGCUGACGGCUUCGACAUGGCUGCCAAAUGCGCGAUUGAUAACCUCGACAAAAUUGCAGGGUCUUUUCCUGUCAGCGACCGGGAAAAGCUCGUGAAGGUUGCAAUGACGACGCUCGGGUCGAAAAUUGUCAACAAGUGCCACCGUCAGUUUGCUGAAAUAGCGGUCGAUGCUGUUAUGGCGGUUGCAGACCCGGAACGGAAAGAUGUGAAUUUCGAAUUAAUCAAAAUUGAGGGCAAAUCAGGAGGUAAGCUCGAAGAUACAAUGCUAGUGAAGGGUGUCAUUGUUGAUAAAGAUAUGUCACAUCCACAAAUGCCCAAGGAGUUGAAGGACGUUAAGAUUGCCAUUCUGACCUGCCCAUUCGAGCCACCCAAGCCCAAAACAAAGCAUAAGCUCGACGUUACCAGUGUUGAGGACUACGAGAACCUACGCAAAUACGAAGCGGAGAAGUUCGACGAAAUGGUUGAACAAGUGAAGGCGACCGGCGCUAACCUCGUUAUUUGCCAGUGGGGUUUCGAUGAUGAGGCUAACCAUUUACUCCUGCAAAAGAAGCUACCAGCCGUACGUUGGGUUGGUGGCCCCGAGAUCGAGCUGAUUGCUAUUGCGACCGGUGGACGAAUUGUUCCUCGCUUCUCCGAGUUGACCGCGGACAAGCUUGGUAGAGCGGGAAUUGUUCGGGAGUUGAGCUUUGGGACGACAAAGGACCGCAUGCUUGUUAUUGAGGAGUGUCACAACUCAAAAGCUGUCACGAUCUUCAUCCGCGGUGGCAACAAGAUGAUUGUAGAUGAAGCCGAACGGUCAAUUCACGACGCCAUUUGUGUCAUUCGCAACUUGGUGCGUGACUCACGUGUCGUGUAUGGAGGUGGAGCUGCUGAGAUUUCGUGUGCUCUUGCUGUGGCCGAGGCAGCUGAUCGUUGUUUGGGCAGUCUUGAGCAAUAUCCAUUCCGUGCGUUCGCUGAUGCUCUUGAGGCGAUUCCGCUGGCUCUAGCAGAAAACAGUGGUCUACCGCCCAUCGAAACGCUGACAAGCGUCAAGAGUCGUCAAAACAAAGAAAAAAAGCCUUACCUUGGAAUUGACUGUAACCAAACUGGGACUAAUGAUAUGCAAGUUCAAAAUGUCCUUGAACCGUUAGGAUCGAAAAAGCAGCAGAUUAUGCUUGCAACCCAGCUCGUGCGCAUGAUUUUGAAAAUUGAUGAUAUUCACUCGCCAGCCAACCCCUUAGACUGAGCUCUAAGGACCUCAUCAGCGUUGAUGAGAAUGCAGGCAAAACCUUUUAAGACAUACGCACCUCAAAGGAUUGCCUUUCAUUCCUAACUAUUAUAUUAUUUUGCCAGAUUGUCUUUUAUGGGCAACGGAAAUAAAUACCCUUUAUAAUAAGGUUAAUUUAACUACA